AUGAAACUAUUAAGACACGUCUCCUUUGUUGAUUGCCCAGGACAUGAUAUUUUAAUGGCAACCAUGUUAAACGGUGCAGCAGUUAUGGAUGCAGCUCUCUUACUGGUUGCAGGGAAUGAGUCGUGUCCACAACCGCAGACAUCUGAACAUUUAGCUGCCGUUGAAAUUAUGAGAUUAAAACAUAUUUUAAUUUUACAAAAUAAGGUAGAAUUAAUUAAGGAAGAACAAGCCUUAAAGCAGCAGGAAGAAAUUAGAAACUUCGUUUCUGGUACAGCUGCUGAUAGUGCACCCAUCAUCCCUAUCAGUGCCGUUUUAAAGUACAACAUCGAUGUAGUAUGUGAGUACAUAGUUACACAGAUAAGUAUACCAAAGAGGGACUUCAUAUCAUCCCCACACAUGAUUGUUAUUCGAUCAUUCGAUGUUAACAAACCCGGAGAAGAUAUUGAAACAUUACAAGGCGGGGUUGCGGGAGGAAGUAUUCUACAUGGUGUGUUAAAAGUAGGGGAUAAAAUCGAAAUUCGACCCGGUAUUAUUUCGAAAGACGAAAAAGGAGAAAUUACAUGCAGACCUAUCAUAUCGCAAAUAUUGUCCAUGUUUGCAGAAAAUAAUAAUUUAAAAUAUGCCGUCCCUGGUGGACUAAUUGGAGUUGGGACACGAAUUGAUCCCAUUUUAACGAGAGCUGAUCGAUUGGUUGGUCAGGUUAUUGGGCAUUUAAAUAAAUUACCAGACUGUUUUGCAGAAAUCGAAAUUUCUUACUAUUUGCUGAGAAGACUAUUAGGGGUGAAAUCUCAGGAUGGAGAAAAAAAUACAAAGGUGGCAAAAUUAAAAAAUGGAGAAUUCUUAAUGAUUAAUAUUGGUUCCACUUCCAUCGGGUGCAGAGUUACAGGUAUUAAAUCUGAGCUAGCCAAGUUGGAAUUAACCGGCCCGGUGUGUACAAAAAUUGGGGACAAAAUAGCCCUAAGCAGGAGAGUCGACAAGCACUGG